CAAGCUUCCACUUCUUUCUUAGGGAGACUUAAUUAUAGCCUAAGUGCUGUGUUCAAAGCUUAUCAUAAUCAAAGGGCGUUAUCCAUACUUCACAGACGUGCCUGAACACGCAAUACCAUCUCGUCAGUGUUUAUAUUAACUACGUUGAUAGAGGUACAAUAGCCUCAGUCCCACAGGUAAAACCCUCUGUGAUGUCAAACCUUGUGAGACCUGUUGACGCACAUGACAUUUCUGAGCGUCAAAAGACUGGAAGAACUGGUUUGAAGACAUUCUCUCAUCUGAGUUUCAGUCUUGAUAAGAACAUGCAUUUCAGCUCUGGCCGCUCUUAGAUGACAAUGGAGACCUACAGGAGAGAUUCACCAGUGACACUGCGCACUUUCAGGGACCUCCUGGAAUCUCCACUGACCACUGAGGAAAUCCACAGACGAUUAACUGACGAUGAGGAUUCGGUUUCAAGUCAUGACACUGAUAGAGAUUCUAACAGCUCGCCGCUGUGCACACUGGAUGAGUUACAGGAACAGCUGGCGGUGGAUGACAACAGUGGCCGUACAGAGACCGGUCAAGCGGAUGACUCGCGGUUUAUGACUGUGGUUGAACAAUCUGACCCAAACUCGUCCCCGAAGCCCGCUCGGUCAUACUUAGAUGAAGCGUUACCGGAUCUGCUUCGGAGUGGAAGCCCACUUCGCAGACGAGUGUCCAGUCCGGUGUCUGCCACGCUGAAGCAUGUGAAAAGGGAAGUAGAAUUAUCUCGACAGCGCAGUCUGAGGCUCAAGGCUCAGGUGGACAGACUGCAACAGCAGAAUGAUAGCGGACCAGGCUGGAGUGAAAACAGACAGCGGGUGGCAGAGGAAGUUGAGUCUGUUGUAAAGCUGCUGCUCCCUCUGACAGACUUAGAGUCAGCAGAAGUUGAUCAGCCAUCCCAGACCAACCCUUUAGACAAGGCACUGCUUCAGCUGCAGAAUGUGGCCCGGAGACUCGCUGUUAACCACACCUCUCAGGGAAAGAGGUCUGGGGAAGAGGCUGCCAUUUUACAGCAAGCUCUACGGGACAGAGAUGAAGCCAUUGCAAAGAAACAAGCAAUGGAGACUGAGCUACUAAGAAGCAAGAACGAACUGAUGACACUGAACAACCAACUUCUGGAAGCUGUUCAGAGUCGACUAGAACUGUCCAUAGAGCUGGAGGCCUGGAAGGAUGAUGUACAGACCAUUCUUCAUCACCAGCUCCUCAGACAGCAGCAGGAAGAAACUCAGAAGAAGUCUAGAGGGUUCGGAGUUCUGCGGCGCUCAAAUAAGCCCCUUCCUCCCAAACCUGAAUUCUCCACCUUGACGCACGCCACUGUCCCAAUCCCCCAGACUCAAUCACAUACAGGAACACAGAGAUGGAAAGACAAGUUCAGACGUGGAAGAAUGGGCACACAAGGGCCUGUCGAGUCUCAACCGCAAAGGAUCGACAAAGAGGACAGUUUUCAGACUGUUUCUUUGGACUGAUGAGGCCGUUACCUAAAGUAUCUCACAUCUCAUUGAUUGUUCAAUCCUAAGGAUGUAAAUAAUGUGAUGAAUAAUGUUAUGACACAUUUGAACUAUGUUAUAAAUGUGCUUUUCGCUGUAGAGAUUAUGUUAAUGUGACUGCCGUGCUGAGAAUCUUAAGUAGUUUUGUUGACCUGCAGUCAUGAACUUCCUAGUAAUAUAUUAAGUAAAGGGAAUAAAGGUGACAGAGAAACAA